AAAAACGUAUAUAAAAGUAUAUUUUAUGUUUUCAAUAUCUUGCAAACAAAAUGAAAUUACUUGUAACACUAUUUGUCAUCUUGGUUAUUGCAAAAGAGUCAACAACUACCACAUCUAAGACUCAGACGACGGGGACAAGCUCUACUGCAAAUGAAUCUACUCCCACGAAAUCAACGUCUUUUCCACCCACUGGCUCUGAAUCAACUACAAGUCCAUCUACCGAUUUUAAGCCACAUACCACUACUUCCGAGACCACUACCAUUAAAACUACGACUACAACUACCAAGCCAACUACGACUACAACUACAACUUCUAAGCCAACUACAACUACAACUACUACUCCUAAGCCAACUACAACUACAACUACUACUCCUAAGCCAACUACGUCUACAACUCCUAAGACAACUACGACUUCUAAGCCAACUAUGACUACAACUUCUACUCCUAAGCCAACUACGACUACGACUUCUAAGCCAACUACGACUACAACUUCUAAGCCAACUACGACUACAACUACAACUCCUCCUAAGACAACUACAACUACAACUCCUAAGACAACUACAACUACAACUCCUAAGACAACUACAACUACAACUCCUAAGACAACUACAACUACAACUCCUAAGACAACUACAACUCCUAAGACAACUACAACUCCUAAGACAACUACAACUCCUAAGACAACUACAACUAGAACUCCUAAGACAACUACGACUUCUAAGCCAACUACAACUACAACUACGACUCCUAAGACAACUACAACUACAACUCCUAAGACAACUACAACUCCUAAGACAACUACAUCUCCUAAGACAACUACAACUCCUAAGACAACUACAACUCCUAAGACAACUACAACUCCUAAGACAACUACAACUCCUAAGACAACUACAACUCCUAAGACAACUACAACUAGAACUCCUAAGACAACUACGACUCCUAAGCCAACUACAACUACAACUUCAACUUCUAAGUCAACUAAGACUACAACUACUACCUCGAAACCAACCACGAGUGUAACAGAAGCGACAACAGUUAGUCACGCUGUAAGUACAAGCAAACUGUCAACUCUAUUAAUACUGUUUACUACUUCCAUCAUAUGGGGUAUAAUAUAGUGAAACAUUUGUGUAAAGGUGAAAAUGAGUACUAGGCUUUAUUGUAAAUAUUUAUAUUUUUUUAUAUCGGUAGUUAGCAAUA